AGAUGUUUUUCUACCAAAUUUUUUCUCCAUACACAUGGCUAGAAGCAAAUGAUGCUCGCACGGAAAUGCGGUACAAAAUGUGCCGUGAGAAUCCCAAUGUCGCCGAUAAGAGCAGCGCAUUUUAUGUAGGGUCAAAGAAUUUCAGCCAUCCAAACUUUGAAAAGCACGAAAAAAACAGAGAGCAUGUGGCAAUUAAGCAAACUAUCGAUGUCAAACAGGACCCCACUCGCCCUAUGGACAAGCGGCGGAAUAAAGGAACUAAUCAAGAACUGUAGGACGGGAAGUCAACGACCUCACUAGGCCUCCGCGAAGAUGGCGGCGAGGAGAGCUCGGCAAAGGCGCCGGUGAGGUCAGCCCUCACGCCGCAAGGGCCGCGCCUCUUCUUGCGCUUCCAGCCAUGUUGUUGAAGAGGAAGCUGUGCGUAGUGGCGGUGACCACCGCCGUCCUCCUCCUCAUGCUCGCCAGCCAGAGCAUCCAGCGUUCCAGCAUGCAGCACUUCCUGUCGCUGUCUUUAGCCACGCCCGCCGGCAACAACGCCAGUCAGGAAGCGGCGCUACCUACUGACAUCAGCAGCACACACGCACUUGUCGACGUGGCCAAGAAAGCAAGGCCCUGCGGUUGCGCCGAGUCCUGCAUUUCGGACGUGAGCACGUCCGACUGGUUCCGUCGUCGCUACGACACCAAACAGCGACCCGUCCUCCGUGACGCCAACGAACGCUUUGACGCCGACGCGCUCAAUUGGUGGCUGAGUCUCCAGCAAUCGGGCACCAGUCAGACACUCCAGGAAGUGUUGUCACGCAUGUUCCAGGUGAUCUCCCCGCCUUCCGUGGACUUUACGCCGUGGCCAUCGCGUUGUCGCCGAUGCGCCGUGGUGGGCAACUCGGGCAACCUGCUAAAGUCAGGACACGGGAAACUCAUCGACUCCCACGCCUCCAUCAUACGGAUGAACAAGGCGGUGACGCACGGCUUCGAAAAAGAUGUUGGAAACCGCACCACGCAUCGCUUCAUUUACCCGGAGAGCGCGGUGGACCUGGACCAUGGCGUCCGGCUAGUUCUGCUGCCUUUCAAGACUCGAGACCUGGAGUGGCUGACCAGCGCACUGUCCACCGGGGAGGUCCAAAUGACCUACAUGAGGGUGAAAGCGCGAGUGACGGCAGAUAAAGACAAGGUUCUGGUGGUGAGUCCCGCCUUCUUCAAGUACGUCCACGAGCACUGGACUGAGCGUCAUGGCCGUUACCCGUCCACCGGCAUGUUGGCAGUCAUCUACGCGCUGCACUCCUGCGACCAGGUGUCUGUGUUCGGCUACGGGGCGGACCGUCAGGGCAACUGGCACCACUACUGGGAGGAGCACCGUCACGCCGGCGCCUUCCGCAAGACUGGCGUGCACAGCGCCGACUUCGAGUCGCAGGUCAUCCGCCAACUGGCCGAGGAAGGAAAGAUCCGGCUGUACGCGUGAAAUUGUCGGACCCUAGUCCGAUGUCGUCCAUUUUGUGCCUUUCCGCAAGCCUGUUGAGCGUCCCGCAACCACAAAUGGCUUUUUUUGCUCUGAGGUGGGGAAUAACCACAUACAUGAUGUAUUAUUUUUCCAAAAGACUUGAGGGAUAACCUUGUUUUCUGUAUUAUUUUUCUCCUGAGCACUUUGCCUUAAGGAAAUGGCAGCCAUUUUGUGGCUUCACUGAUAACGCAGCCUUUUCAUUCAAACUUAAGUUGCCGUCCCAUCAUAGUUUUGGUGCCAUUUUUUUCCUUAGAUGCUGGUUUUUCAUCCCUAAAUGUUUUCAACAAAUUUUCAAACAGUAUCACAUGAUGACAACAUGGGAAAAAAAUAGUCAAAUAUAUUUCGUGCUAUUUGUUUUUGUCCUUAAAAUUAUGGACAGGACAACUUCAAGACAAGUUUUGAUACAUUUUUUGGUCCCAUUUUCUAAGCCUAACAUUUACAAAUCAGAAAACAAAUUCUGUGUCACAGCAAACAAAUGACAAGUCACAAAAAUACAAAUUCCAACUCGCGAGUCACAACAAAAACUAACCAUAAGUCAUGUAAAAUGUUUUUGAUUUCGUGACUUGAUUUUCUUUUUGGGGCCAUUUCAGACAUUAAAUUCAAUUUCAGAAAACAAACAAAAGAUUAAACGAAUCCUGAGUCACAGAAAACAUAAGUUGCAGGAAACUAAAAUCUCGUGCCACUCAAACCUAAUCAUGAGUCACACAAAACAAAUUAUUAUGAUUAGUUUUUUUGUGACUUGUGAUUAGCUUUCCACUUAGAAACAAACCCGGAGUCACAAAAAGCAAACAUGUUUUGAUUUAGUUUUGUGACUUGGGAUUUGUUUUAAAUUUUAGAACACGAACAGAAAAACGGAGUAAAUCCUGAGUGACAGAAAACGAACCACGGAAAGGCAGAAAACGAAUACCAAGGCACAGAAAACAAUUUUUUAAAAUUGGUUUUGUGACCUGGGAUUUGUUUUCCAUUUCAGAACACAAACUAAAUAAAUCGUGAGUAGCAGAAAAUGAAUUUCAGUUGUAAGAAAAUGAAUCUAAAGUCACUGAUUGUUUUCUGUGACUUUGGAUAAAUCCUGAGUGCCAGAAAACGAAACCGGAGUAGCAGAAAAGAACUCCGUAAUGGCAGAAAAGAAUCAUUUGUUCAGAUUUGAUUUUGUAACUUGAGAUUUGUUUUUCAUUUCAGAACACAAACUGAAUACAUCGUGAGGGUCAGAAAACGACUCCCGAGUGGCAGAAACUAAAUAAAUCUCGAGUGGCAGAAAACGAAUCACAGGUGUCAGAAAACCAAUCCGAAGUCACGUAAAACAGUCAAUUGUUUUGAUUUGAUUUUGUGACUUGGGAUUUGUUUUCCAUUUCAGAACACAAUAAGCUAAAUAAAUCCUGAGUAGCAUAAAACAAACCUGGAGUCGGAGAAAACAAAUCCUGAGUCGCAAAAAAAAACAAUAAUUUGUUUGAAUUGAUUUUGUGACUUGGGAUUUGUUUUCCAUUUCAAACAAUAAAAUAAAUCCUGAGUUUCAGAAAACAAACCCCGGAGUAACAGAAAACUAACUCCGUAGUGGCAGAAAACAUUUGUUUUGAUUGGAUUUUGUGACUUAGGAUUUGUUCUCCAUUUCAGAACACAACUAAAUAAAUCCCGAGUGGCAGAAAACGAAUCCUGAAUCGCAGAAAACAAUCAUUUGUUUUAAUCGAUUUAGUGACUUGGAAUUUUUUUUUUUGUCCAUUUCAGAACACAAACAAUAAAUAAAUCUUGAGUGGCAGAAAACGAAUCCGGAGUCACAAAAAAAAAAAAAAAAAGAUUUGCUUUGAUUUAGUUUUGUGACUUGGGAUUUGUUUUAACUUUCAGAACACGUACAACAAACUAAAUAAAUCCUAAACGGCAGAAAACGAACACCCGAGUGGCAGAAAACGAACUCCGAAGUGGCAGAAAACAAUCAUUUUAAUUGAUUUUGUGACUUGGGAUUUGUUUUCCAUAUCAGAACACAAACAAUAAAUAAACCCAGAGUGGCAGGAAACAAAUCCCGAGAGAAAACAAAUACCGAGUCACAGAAAACAAAUCACUUGUUUUGAUUCGAUUUUUUUUGUCUUACGAUUUGUCCAGCGACUUCUUCCGUUGUUUAUUUGUUUUCUGAAAUUUUGUUUCUGCUUUUGUUAGUUGUUUUCUGAUUUGUGUUUUGCAUUUCUCACCCACGGUAAUUUUGCCAUCAUGUGGUAUAAAACAAUUCUGCAAUAUCAUGUUAUAAAGUGUCCGAAUAAUGUCAUUUUGCAGCAAUUCCUUCCGAUUCAGUUGACUAGCGAUGUUCCAUUGUGUAAUCAUUGUCAUUCUAUCACUCCCAGCCCAGGUAGUGUAUAUGUACACUUUUCACUGAGUAUGUGCAGUGAUAGUUAGCCAAACAUAAAUUAAAAACAGCAAUUUACUGCCAUAGCAGCCAAAGAGUAAAUGCGAUUUUUCAGUAUUAUACAAACAAAAAAAUCCAAUACAUUUUCAGAAUAAUCCGUCAUUUGCUUUAACAGUAAUUUUUUUUUGCGCCACUACACUUGUAAACAUUAUCGAGAUAUUUUGUCGUACCAAAAGUCAGCGCCACCUGGUGGCGUCAAAGCGUACUGUGAAUGUAAAAGUCCUCCGCGUGUUAGUUUGUGGGUGUGCUGCUUUUUGUUUGCAAACGACAAUGAAGGAAAACGAGGACCACACAGUAUUUUUUUUUUUUUUUUUUUGUAUUUUACAGCAUGUUGCAUUUGAGGUUUUUUUUUUUGUAACAUUAUUUUGUUUUCAGUUUUGGAGCUACAAGGAAUGCAAAAAAAAAAAAAAAAUGUAUUUAUGAGUGAGGUUACAUUAACGUGGGUUUGUUACAGUAAACAUUUUAAGUUGUUGACCACUAACGUCCGAAGCGUUAUGAUUCCUGUGAAACGGUAUUUUCGUACUAUUAUGACUUAAAGAAGUAGAGAAAAGUUUUUUUCUUUCCAAAAACAAUAAGAAAAUUGAUCAUGACGGGACACAUGUCCCAAUACUUUUGUGAAUCAGUGAAGGCACUGCUGCCACUUGGACUGAACUAUAAAGAUUGAUUAAACCCUUAAAAGAGAGAGAGUUUUCAUGUUUUAUUUUCUGAAAAGAAGAGGUAAACAUACACUGGGGCAAAUAGUAUUUAGUCAACCACCAAU